ACGGACCAGGAGGACAGUGGUCAGACGGACCAGGAGAACAGUGGCCAGACGGACCAGGAGGACAGUGGCCAGACGGACCAGGAGGACAGUGGCCAGACGGACCAGGAGGACAGUGGCCAGACGGACCAGGAGAAAAGUGGCCAGACGGACCAGGAGGACAGUGGCCAGACGGACCAGGCGGACAGUGGCCAGACGGACCAGGAGGACAGUGGCCAGACGGACCAGGAGAACAGUGGCCAGACGGACCAGGAGGACAGUGGCCAGACGGACCAGGAGGACAGUGGCCAGACGGACCAGGAGAAAAGUGGCCAGACGGACCAGGCGGACAGUGGCCAGACGGACCAGGAGAACAGUGGCCAGACGGACCAGGAGGACAGUGGCCAGACGGACCAGGAGGACAGUGGUCAGACAGACCAGGAGGACAGUGGCCAGACGGACCAGGAGAACAGUGGCCAGACGGACCAGGAGGACAGUGGCCAGACGGACCAGGAGGACAGUGGCCAGACGGACCAGGAGGACAGUGGCCAGACGGACCAGGAGGACAGUGGCCAGACGGACCAGGAGGACAGUGGCCAGACGGACCAGGAGGACAGUGGCCAGACGGACCAGGAGGACAGUGGCCAGACGGACCAGGAGAAAAGUGGCCAGACGGACCAGGCGGACAGUGGCCAGACGGACCAGGCGGACAGUGGCCAGACGGACCAGGACAGUGGCCAGACGGACCAGGCGGACAGUGGCCAGACGGACCAGGCGGACAGUGGCCAGACGGACCAGGAGGACAGUGGCCAGACGGACCAGGAGGACAGUGGCCGGGAGGACCAGCCGUCCGGUGCCGCACAAUGUGCUCCGGAGGAUCUGCUGUCGGCGCGGCUCGGUCCUGACUCAGUAUGCCGCCGUCUGCUGUUCGACACCGUGCUGCUCGAGAAAAGUGUGCUGAACAUGGAGUCGUCCGCCCUGCAGGCGUGUGUAACGCGACAGGAGCUCGACGACGCGAUCCUCUGGAUUGUCAGCCGGCCAUUGAUGGAAACGCUGAUCAACCGACAGACCAGCAGGGAGCUGCAGAAGGCAUUGGAGUCCCUACAGACCAGAGGGAAACCCCUAAAGACCAACACGGAGACACGAGAGACCGACAGGGAGACUGCUUCUAGGUCAGCCGACCGGAUCACCGAAAGCGAGGAACAAGAGACUGUUAGAACGGGCCAAGAGCCUGAACCCCCGGACCGGGAGUCUGCGGAGGCGGCGCUGUGUAGGCUGUGUCGUCCCGAACGGGGAACUCGAGUGGUAAGCAUUAAUCGCUCGGGCAGUCGAGCAGAGGGACUGGACGAUGGGGUGAUUGGUGGUCGGUCUGUCUCCGACCAUGACUUAAUGCUGGAGAUGGACUUCGGUGCAAGGUCCAAAGUGGUGAGCCGGGAUCCGCCGAGCCGGGUGUCUCUGAGCGAGGCGCCGCAGCUGUGGGUUCGGCCCACCGACCGGCCGGGGUUCGUCACCCUGCACUGGACGCCCACGGUCCGGUGUGAGCACGAGCGGGCGGCGUCGGCUCCGUCGGCACAGUCGGUGAGAACGCUGAUGUGGGAGUUUUGUCAGAUCCUGUACCCGACCGGCGCCGAGUUCGCCCGCCCCGGUCCGGCGGUCAACUUCAGAAAUCGUGAGCACAGGGACGGCGGAAAGGACCACGUUCCCUGUCAGCGUCUGCAAAACUGGUGGCCCCAUCAGGAGGAGUUCCAAGGACGGCAUCGCCAGGCAGAGUUUCCGCCGAGAGCGGUGCGAGACGACCUGUGUCGGUUCGGCGUGCACCUGGUGCCGACCGGCAUGCCCGGCAGUGCCACCGAGAUGAUAGAGUGGCGUGUGUCCUUCUCCAGAGCAGAGGUGGUGGCCGUCCGCCUCCUCAGUCCAGUGCAGCACGCCACCAUCAUCACACUUAAGAGCAUGAAGAAGAUCAUGAAAGAAAGCAUGCCUGUUGAGCAGAGCGACAAACGCACGCUGAAGUCGUACUUCAUCAAAAAUGCCGUACUCUGGCUAGUACAGGAUACCCGGAGUGAGGUGUGGACGGGAGUCAGCGAGGGCGUCUACAUGGCUCUGGACUGGUUGGAGGACCACCUCAGUGCUGGCGCCAUACCCUGUUUCUUCUGGCCCGCGAUCAAUCUCGUGGCGGAACUCACCUGGGACGACGUACAGGCCAUCAUCACUGCGGUCCGUGUCAUGCGGGAGCGCGCAGACCGCCUCCUCCUGACCUGCUGCAUCCGUGUUCUGCCGCUGGACGUCCUGAUGCAUGGAGACCUGGAACCUCUUCCGGAGCUGGAGCUACGCCGCCGGCUGGGGCGACAGAUGGUACGCAAUGCGGUGUUCUUUGGGACGCUGUUCCGACCGGACGCACCGUGCUGGGAGAGCUGGCACAACCACUUCCUCCCCGCACUGGGGCCAGCGGGACAGCAUCGUCUCCUACAGCGGGUGUACAGAAGAGACUCUGGUUUGUACUCACAGCAGUGCUUACUGCUCAUGGCGUGGCUGGUGGUGGAUCCGACGGAUCUGACAUCCGAUGGAACGUCCUACGAGGAGAAAAGUGAGGAGUUGGGUGACUCUCACCUCGGUGAGCUGAAAGAGACUCCCGCUGAGGACCUGGUGUCCCUGGACGCCGCGCCGCUGCUGGCUCUUCUCACCGACCGAGACCUGGAGUACCUCCUGGGCGACACUGCCGCGGUGUUCGCCUGGUGGAACAGUCAGCUUCAGCUCCCGGCCGACUGUCGGCCAGCCGGGAUGACGGCGCCGCUGGACACACCGCGAGGCAGAGCUGAGCUGCUGCUGCAGCCCGACCUGCUGCUGCGGGCCGUCGGUCACUCCAGCCCACAGAAACUCGUCCGGUGGCGUCGAAAAGACCAGGUGUACGCUGCCAGAUUCAAACACAACUACACCACUCCCUACUCGUUAGACCAGUGUCGCGAGGACCUGGCACUUAUUCGAGUGGGCGACGCCGUGGCCACGCUGCAGGACGGGUUGGCCGAGGAGACUGAGACUGAGCUCCGCACGCUGGCUUAUCUUUGGAACAAGAGAGUGCGGCAACUGCUCCUGUAUGACCGAGUGAGGGACGUGUACAAUCGGGUGAAAAGGUCGCGGAAUGACCAAUGGGAGCUACUGCCGUACCUGUUCCGAUAACAGAACCAGUAAGAGCCUCUGCAGGUCCCGGCUCCAUAGGAUCCCGAUGAAGAAUGGUCCCUUUGUAUCCGACAGGACAACAGCACUCCUCCGGCGCCGGAACUGGUCGGAACUGUUCGGAUCCUGCGAGGAACUAACUAAUCUGCUGUCUCGAGGGACAGGUGCGAUACCGUGUGAAUCUGCUCAGAUACGCGGUGAAUUGGUGCGAUACCGCGAGGAACUGAUCCGAUGCCGCGCGGAACUGGUCCGAUGUCAUAUUAUUACGAGUAGUCUAAUAUUCAGGUGUCAUUGGGAACUGUUCAGUGUUCAUGUACCCCGUGGAUUGUGAAACUGAUCCGAUGCCGUGGGGAACUAGUGCGAUACCACGAGGAACUGAUCCGAUGCCGUGAGUAGCCCAUCGAAAUAUUUCAGGAUUCCGGAUGUCGUCCAACCAGGGGUGUUUGUCACCGCCGUCAGCGUCAGCGGGCAGAUGCAGCGUGAACUACCCUUAUCGACGUUGAAUGUGUACUUCCUAAUCUUGGACAAUGUGAGCUGAUGAUUCAACCAAUAUUCGGCACUACAGGGUGUCCCAUAAGUUCGUUCUCACUUAAAUUUUCUAUGAGUUCUCUUCCUUCACAACAUGUGCAAAUUAAAUCGUAAAUUAGCUUAUUUGGUUGCCAAUGCAACUGACAAUCUGCUUCACAAUGACUUUUUUCUUGAGAUAUAACAUUUUUUGCUAGAGAGUUCAGUUCCUGUAGAGACGUCUGACGCCGCGACAUGAGGUCUUCAAUACAGUA